CUGCAAUGAGCCCCACAGAUAUGUUAAACAGCACCGAUGAAGGCGUGGCGAGCGUUGAAACAGAAGUCGCCCAUUGGCCACAAGGGAGCCUGGGUAACGACAGCAUGUACCCCCACCGCCCCGACUUCCACACUGACAUUACCAAGCACUUGUGGGUCCAGAUUACCCUCAUCACAGCCUACUCUCUCAUCAUCCUGCUGGGCCUGGUGGGCAACGCCCUAGUCAUCUACAUGAUUGUCCGCUUCAGGAACAUGCGCACGGUCACCAACUUCUUCAUUGCCAACCUGGCUGUGGCAGAUCUGUUGGUGGACACCCUGUGCCUGCCCUUCACUCUGGUCUACACUCUCCUGGAUGAGUGGAAGUUUGGCGCGGUGCUGUGCCACAUGGUGCCCUUUGCCCAGGCCCUGAGCGUGCACGUGUCCAUCCUGACCCUGACGGUCAUCGCCCUGGAGCGCUACCGCUGCAUCGUGUUCCACCUGGGCCAGCGGCUCACUUGGCGUUCCAGCUUCCUCAUCAUGGCGCUGACCUGGACCGUGUCCUCCAUCCUGGCUGGGCCCCUGGCCAUCUUCAGAGAGUAUCGCUACGAGGAGAUCCCCUCCAUCAACCUGCGCUUUGCAGUCUGCUCUGAGAAGUGGCCCCAUGGAACCAGCUGGGACGGGGUCAUCUACAGCUUCUCCAUGCUGGUCCUGCAAUACGUCCUUCCCCUGGCCAUCAUCAGCUAUGCCUACAUCUGCAUCUGGGUCAAGCUGAAGAACCAUGUCAGCCCCUCCAGCCGUAGUGACAGUUUGAAGCGCAGGAAGAAGACCACCAAGAUGCUGGCUCUGGUGGUUGUGGUGUUCGCCACCUGCUGGCUGCCCUUCCACGUGUUCCAGCUGGCUAGUGACCUGGACCUGGCGCUGAGGCUGAAGGAGUACAAGCUCAUCUACACCGUCUUCCACAUUGUGGCCAUGUGCUCUACUUUUGCUAACCCACUCCUCUACGGGUGGAUGAAUAAGAACUACAGGAAUGGCUUCCUCAUGGUGUUCCGCUGCGAGGACAAACAGGACUCCAUCCAUCCUGAGGGCUCCUUCAGGACCAGAUCCAUGAGGGGGGUGACUCUGAAUGGGCGCAAUGGUGGACAUCCUCCCACUGCUGUUUGAGGCCCUGUGACUCAUACUAAGUACAUAUAGAACACAAAUGUGAGAGAUGUUAUGGACCUCUGGCUUGAGGUGAAACUACAACCUUCUGACUUGAAUUAUUUACCUUGAAUACCUUACAAUGGGGAGGGUUAAAUGUUAGUGCAUGUGAAAUGUUUGAUCUGAGGCCUUUCACCUCUGUUAGUGGUACUCUUGUCAAAUACAUUUCAAGAUGUUUAAGACGUUAAAACCAUAUGUAGGGUAUAUAAGUUGUCAUUGCAGAAUGAAAAUGAAUAAAUGUAAAUUGCAGGUUAACCUACAUGAAUUGACCUUGCAAGGAUUACAGUCAUUUUGAGCUUUUUGAAAUUGUGAGGCUGUAUAUUUUCAUCUGUGAAGUGACAACACGGUUCCUCUAAAGAGUAAUUUUCUAGGAAACCAAUUAUAUGUCCAUAAUUGCCCUGGGUGGGUAAAUGGCAGGAUAUU